AUGUUCGCCUCCAUACGGGAGAACAUCGACUCCCAAAUGUGGAUCACCCGGGUGUCGAUCAUGAACAUCCUUUGCCAGAUCCUUCUGAUGUACCAUGUCGUGGCUUGCAGCUACUGGGGGCUUGGACGAAUUAACGUGGACUCUGCCAACUGGAUCACGGAGUAUAGCCUUGAGAAUCGGACGUUCGGCUACCAGUACACCACCACACUGCACUGGGCAGUGUGCCAGCUAGGCCUGGGCUCCAACAUCAUUGAAGCCACAAACUUCGCGGAGCGGGUCUUCUGCAUCGUCGUUGUGCUGAUAGCAUUGGUCACUUUCUCGUCCUUGGUCAGUUUAAUGACGUCGCAGCUGACGAGUUUGCACAACGUGCAAGAGGAGGAGCAGCAACAAUUUCGCUUGCUGCGCAGCUUCCUCCUGCGGAACCACAUCGACCGGUCGUUGUCACAACGAGUCACCAAGUUCCUGCAGCACAGCUACACCAUCCAGCGCGAAGUCAUUUCAGACUCGCAGGUGCCCUUGCUGGCUCAUCUCUCCAAGAAUUUGCAGGGCGAGCUGCAGUACGCGCGGUACCAAAAGAGCUUGAGUAGCAUGGCCUUUGUGGAGGCAUUGGAAGGACAGAAUUUGCAGAACACGCAAACGUUGCACGACAUGGCGGUUCAGGCCACGGCCCAGAGCGUGCUGUUGAAGGGCGAGGUCGUGUUCUAUGCAGGAAACCUGGCCGAACAUUGUUUCAUCGCCGCCUCUGGCGAGUUGGAGUACUGCCAAGGAAAGGAGUGUACAACGGUCGACUCCACGCAGUGGGUUGCUGAGAUGUGCCUGUUCACGCCCUGGUCUUACGUCGGAGAUCUCUUCACGCAGGAGCUCAGCAUUGUGGUAGCAAUGAGCAUGGAGGGAUUCUGCGAGUGCGUGUGCAAGAGCCCUGAGAUGCAGCUGCAUGCACGAAAGUUUGCGGAGAUCUAUGUGGCUGACAUGAAGACUGAGCAGACAUCUUCGGACUUAUGGACGAUGCCAGGAUCCGAGGAGGAAUCGCCACCUUCGGCGAGAGUUGCGAGUCUCUCGCCGAAUACGCGCAAGAGCACGCCUACGAGGCUUUUCCAGAACUUUUUUGGAGCUGCGAAACGGCGUACCAGCGUCCGACGGGUUUCCCUACUGCCUGACGAGGACGAGGUUGCGCAGCUGCAGGCGCUUCAGUAUCAGUAUCGACACCAACACAGCGCUGUCUCCUCCGCGGGAGGGGCACCAAAGAAGGACCCGGCCGCUUCCAUCCGCAGCCAGGACUCCGGAUGA